AUGGAAAGCGUAGAAGUAGAUAGCUAUAAUAAGGACAAAAGCGCAUCCGUCUGGCAGCUAGAGCAGCUGGGGUUUACUAAAUCUACGAUUACUCGCAUAAACAAAGAGUUGUAUGAUAUCCCUGACUCAAAUGGUAUAAAGACACUAGUCAUCUUUUUAAUAUUUUCUAAUAUAUUUUUUACUAGCCUUUUGAGUGCUCUCAGACUGGGUCUUAUCGACUUUACACUGCAUCUGUCAACUGCAGAAUUCUUCAGGUCUGAUGUUCUGAACUCUUCGUUAGUUAAGUGGAUUUUUGUGCUCGUGUCAUUUGUUAUUUAUGCGGGAAUGAACAUACAAAGCUUUGUCUACAUAAAGAAAAGUGUAUGUUUUAAUGAUGGAGUCAAAAGUUUACCAUACAGCAUGGGCAAGACCAACGAGGUACUUCUUUUCCUUUUUUUGAUGGCUUUUAUUCCUCUGCUAAAAACAUUUGCUGUAACACCAUUUCUAUCGGACAUCGAGAAGACUGCUUCUUUUAAAAAGUACAUGCCAGUUGCAUGGAUAUACAUAUACAUUCUGCUGAUUCUCGAGACCAGCAGCAUAUGCAGUGGCACCUAUGAGUAUUUUAGAGUUCAGAGAGAUUGGAGAAGCAUACUUGCAUUCGCAGCCAAGUCAGUAUACGCAGUGACCAUCAUUGGAAUAACACUGUACAACACGUGUUUUGCUGUAAUGACCAGUCUCUCUUUUGUUGGCUAUCCGCUAAAAUUCACCACAUAG